AUGCCUUUUAGCCAUCAUUCGCAUUCGGGACAAUUUUGCAGGCACGCUUCUGGGACACUGGAAGAGGUCGUUCUUGAGGCAAUCCGUCAAAAAUUCCAGAUAUAUGGAUUAUCGGAACACGUACCUCGUUAUCGCCUGGAGGAUCGAUACCCAGAGGAGGAAGAAGUCACCCUUCAACAACUGGAAUCGCAGUUCGACACUUUCGUAAAGGAGGCGCAUCGACUCAAGGAUCUGUACUCUUCUGAAAUUACUAUACUCGUCGGAGCGGAGACAGAGUAUAUAACUCCCGUCGACUUGCAUCAACUUGCGCUGUUAUUAGAACGUCAUAGGGGGAAGAUCGAAUACCUCGUCGGAUCUGUCCACCAUGUCAACGAGUUCCCCAUCGAUUUCGACAAACCUACCUUUGAGUGCGCACUUCAGAGCUUCGCCGCCAAAACCGUACCAGGAGAGUGCACAGUCAAGGAGUUACUCGACCGCUAUAUCGAUGCACAGUACGACUUAUUCACACAAUUCCACCCGGAGAUCAUCGGUCAUUUCGAUUUGUGCCGCUUGUACUAUCCUAGCCUCGACUUUCGAGACUUUCCCGAUGUUUUGGCAAAGAUUGAGCGGAAUAUAUCUUAUGCCUGCGACUAUGGUGCCUUGUUUGAGUUCAAUGCCGCUGCCUUCAGAAAGGGCUGGAGCACUGCAUAUCCUGGCAAAGACAUCGUUGAGAAAAUACUCCAAAAAGGCGGACGGUUCACUCUAUCUGACGACAGCCAUGGCCCUCACACUGUUGGACAAAACUACAACAAAUUAUACAUAUAUUUGGAAGAGUUGGGUAUCAAGGAAUUAUGGUACCUUGAACUAGAAGGGACUUCAAAGAACAGGAGAAGAACCAGGGCCGCGAAAUUAGAGGGAGAUUGGUGUUCGAAUCAGUUUUGGAAGACCAGGGGUUUAUCCUCGUAGCCAGCGGGUUAUCGGUAAAAACUCCAAUCCUUAACUUACCAGGCCGGCUAAAAUGACCCUUUCGACAGGUCCGGGUGACGUGGCUAAACAUCUACGAAGUUGUGUUUCGUGAGCCGCGAACGAGUAGUGCAACUUCCAGCUUGAGACCGAAGAACGGCAGGAACCGGUACGAGUGAACGACUAUCAGCAGAAAAUAGAGAGAAGAGGAAGUAUCCCUGAAUUCGGCGAGCAGAUUCGCACCGAAGAUGAAGAUAGCAUCGAGCAUUCGGAAAUAGGCAUUCUGAAGAGGGAGUGGUCAGGAUCUUCUGUUAUUCAUUCCGCUAAAAAGUGUUUCAGUCAGGGGACCUAGAGUAAUACGAUGUGCAUGUUACAGUAAUAU